CUAUCUCCACACAAGUCAGUCAAAUCCAACAAACGUCCUCUGGAAAGUCUGAAGACUCAGAGUGCACUAUCUAGAAAGUUCCACCUAUCAAAAAGUAAGUCGAGGGGAUUUCUCUUUGUAGGCAUGAUGGAGUAACAAGGACCAGACUUAAAUGCCCACCAUAAAUAAUUAAAAAGCCGGAUAAAAUAUGAAACGAUGGCUUUCAGACAUUGGACAAUAGUCUGCAUAGGAUUAUGAUUACUGAAAGAAGAGAAACAAACAAGUGAACUCAGUAACUCCGUGGCUUUCUGCCUGGAAGCAAUUUCUAGACUGUUGACUCGGGAACGGGGACCCAAACAGAUUCUGGUAGCUUUGCUGAGUUGAUAAGAUGGAGGCCAGAGUUUGAGGAGGCUGAGAUGGCUAGAGGUAGUGGGGCAGAGUUCUGGGAAGGAGGGGGCUAUGCAGAAAAAUUGCUCCAGAAAUAUGUAUAGGAAUCUUUUGAGUCUUUGCUGAGUACCAGGACACAAGUGUAUAGAAUGACACUCCACAAGAUUGGACAGAAAAGACUGGUGAGUUGUAAGCUGAAUAAAUCUCAGGGCACACAUCAACUGGGAGAAAGUUUGGUUAGCCCAAGUGGAGAGUCCUUGUUCAUCCUUGGAACAUUCAGUGGAUACCCUCAAGUAAUCAUAUGUUAGUAAUAGGUCUGAACUAUCCUUCGAAUGAAAUAUUCUAGACCAGGGGUUGGAAACUUUUCUUAAAUUUACAGAUCACAAUCAUUUUUGGGUUGUGGGUCAUAUGGUCUUCAUCACAACUACUCAGAUCUGCCAUUGUAGUGUGAAAGCAGCCAUAGAAAAUACAUAAGUGAAUGGGUGUGGCUGUGUUAACAAACUUCAUUAACGUUAUUAACAAAAAACAAGUGGCCAACCUGUGAGCUGUAGUUUGCUGACCUCUGCUGUAGAACAGCACUGUCCAACAGAAAUAUAAUGCAAGCCACAUAUGUAAUUUUAAAUGUCUGGUAACCACUGUACAAAGGAAAAAAAAGUAGAUAAAAUUAAUAAUAUAUUUUACUUAACCCUAUACAUCCAAACUAUUAUCAAUUUGACAUGUAAUCAAUAUAAAAAUUAUUAAUGAGGAAGUUUGUGUUCUUUUUCUCAUACUAAGUCUUCAAAAUCUGCAGUCUAGUUUAUACCUAUAGCACAUCUUAAUUCAGAUUAGUCACAUUUUAAUAGCCACAUACAGCUAGUGACUACCAUAAUGGAGAGCACAGCUCUCAUCUCUCUCCAGUAAAGCUUAAAGACAGGUGUCAAAGGAAUCAAAGUGAUGGAACAAUUAACGUCACUGCCUGCCAAAACAAAGCCCAAUGCUCUUUAAAGGAAGACAACACAAUACAGACACUUAAUAAUGUAACAAUAACAAUGUCAGCAUCAAAUAAAAAAUCACUGGACAUGCUUAAAAGCAAGAAAAAAAUACAAGAAGAAGAAGAAUCAGUUAAGAGAAACAGACCUAGAGGCCAUUUUGACUUCCCGACCUUGGGCAGUAGCUGGCAACUGUCGUCAUUCCGUGCGGUCAUGUCUUUGUCGACGGCGCAGCUGCUGAGGGGCCUGACAGGUCUCACCCGGAGGCUCCCAGUGCAGUGUGCCCGGAUCCAUUCCAAGCCUCCGUGGGAGGAGCUUGGGACCAUGGAUGUUGCCAUUGGGCUCACCUCCUGCUUCCUGUGUUUCCUCCUGCCAUCGGGCUGGGUCCUGUCGCAUCUGGAGAGCUGCAAGAAGCGGGAGUGAAGGGGGCUGUCCUGUCCCUCACCCUGUGACCUGACCACCCCUGGCCUCUCCUGAUCAUGUCUGCUGCAUCCCUGGCCGGUCUUCCCGGGAUCAUGUCCUUCAAUUACAAUGACCUCUUCUGCAGUCAUGACCUCUCCAUUUCUCCAUGGUGACAUCCUGGGACCACAUAUAUUGGUUUAUAAGGCCCUACUCGGUAAGGCCCUCCUUGUAACAAUAAAGUCUAUUUAAACCUUGAAAAAAAAAAGAGAAACAGACCUAGAAAUGAUAAAAUAAUGGAAUUAGCACACAUGAUGUUAAGACAGAUUUUAUUAUUAUGUAUAAGUAUUUAAAGGAAAACAAAAAAAAAAAAUCAGAGGAAAAAUGAAGAAUAUAAAAAACCAACUGUGACUUCUAGAGAUUAAAAAAAAUGCAAUUAUCUGGACUGAAGAUUUUAGUGGAUAAGAUUAACAUCAGAUUAGGCACUGCAGAAGAAAAGAUUAGUCAAUGUAUAAACAUAGCAAUUAAAUUGAUCCAAGAUGAACCACAGAGAGAAAAAAGACUGAAAAAAAAAUAGAUGAGGGCACCUGGGUGGCUCAGUUGGUUAAGUCACUGCCUUCGGCUCAGGUCAUGAUCCUGGAGUCCCAGGAUCGAGUCCUGCAUCGGGCUCCCUGCUCAGCAGGGAGUCUGCUUCUCCCUCUGACCCUCCCCCUUCUCAUGCUCUCUCUCUCUAUCUCAUUCUCUCUCUCAAAUAAAUAAAUAAAAUCUUUAAAAAAAAUAGAUGAAAGGAGGCUUAGUGAUUGGUGAGAUAAUAUCAAAUGAUCUACCAUAAUUGGGAAAGGAAGAAAGAGAGGACAGAAAAAUAUUUGAAGAAAUAAUGGCCAAAACACUUCAAAAUUCACUGAAAACUAUACUUCAUAAAUCUGAGAAACUUAAAAACUCAUGAAAAAACCCAAGCUACAUAAUAAUCAAAUAUCUGAAAACGAAUG